GCAUUUCCACCAUAACCCCUCUAGAGUGUAUUUUAAUUCACGGUGAGUGCCCUGGGUCUGCUGUGGCAGGACCACCUUAUCCGAUGUACAUUCCGUGUGUCUGGCUGCAGGAGCUGGAUGGAGUGCUGGGGACAGGCCAGUCCUCCUUUCGCAGGGCAAGGUGUACUGAGUUGCCAAUAAGUUCCUUAGAGCAGCUUAUUUGAAAUUUAUUAGAAAUUCAAAAGAUGGAAAUUAAAUGGAUCACUCCGAGUGCUAACCUGUGGGUUUUCCUUCCUGUUGGUCUAACGAGUCCAUCGUUCGGGCAUCAGCUGAAACACGAGGCUCAGCGGAGCUUUCUACCCCCCAUUAAAAGAAAAUCGGAAAAUUGGAAAAUGGGAAUUUGUCCGUGGUGCUGGGUGCUGGGCGCUGGGCCGGGAGAAGCCAGCCGUGUCCGGCAGCGCUGUUGUGCGCUGUGCUGCGCCGUGCGGGCGCGCAGGGGUUACAGGGCGCUGCCGCUCCCCGCCGGGGCGGGCGGGAGCCGCCGCUGCUCCAUCCGGGAGCGGCAGGAGCCGCGCGAGGCAGGCCGGGAUCUGCCCAUAUCCGGGCGGCUCCGCGGCGGGGACACUGACAAAAUGGCGGCGCCGAACUGAGCGGCCCGAGGCGGCGGCGGGCGCUGGCGGAGGGACCGAGCGGGCGCUGCCGGCAUCGCCGAGGGGCGGAGGAAGGGCGGAAGGAAGGGAAGGGCCGCGGCCGGUCGGCGCCGCGCGGGCGGGGCCGAGCUCCGAGCGCCCGGGGCGCUGCCGCCGCCUUCUCGCCUCAGAAUAGCAGUUUUGGAUUGUGACAAACUUCAGCACUACAGGAACCAAGGUUUCACAGUGAAGAGCCACUGCUUUCACAAGUUCUGACAUCAGCCAGUCUUCCUUGAAUUCUGGUGUGUGCGAGUCCUUGGUGGAGGUUGCAUAUAUACAUGUUUUCAUGAAGAGAAGUGAGAAGCCAGAAGGUUAUAGACAAAUGAGGCCUAAAACUUUUCCUGCCAGUAAUUAUACUGGCAGCAGCCAGCAGAUGCUACAGGAAAUACGAGAGAGCCUCAGGAAUUUGCCUAAACCCUCAGAUGCUGCUAAAGCUGAUCACAGCAUGGGCAAAAUGUUACCUGAAGAUCCUAGACAAGGUCGAAAUCCUCCCAAAUUUGUAACAUAUCAUAAGGUUUUGCAGGAGAUAAGAAACUCACUUCUGCCUUUUGCAAAUGAAGCAACCUCAGCUGUCAAAGGAACAUCAGAAGUUAAUCGACAGAUGCUGCAAGACUUGCAAGCUGCUGGCUUUGAUGAGGAUAUGGUUAUACAAGCUCUUAGACAAACUAAUAACCGUAGUAUAGAGGCUGCCAUUGAAUUUAUAAGUAAAAUGAGCUACCAGGAUCCUCGUCGGGAACAGAUGGUUGCAGCAGCAGCAAGACCUGUAAACGCAGGUAUGAAACCACCAGCAGGGGCUGUCCAGCAGUCAGUUAACCGCAAGCAGAGCUGGAAGGGUUCUAAGGAGUCCUUGGUUCCUCCGCGGCACGGCCCUUCCCUGGCAGAGGGUGUCGUUUAUCGCUCAGAGAGUCCCAGCUCGCAGCCUGAUGUAGGAAGGCCGUUAUCUGGAUCUGGCAUUGCGGCGUUUGCUCAAGCUCAUCCUGCCAAUGGACAAAGAGUGAAUCCCCCACCUCUACCACAGAUAAGGAGUGUCACUCCUCCUCCUCCACCUCCUCGGGGGCAGACACCCCCUCCAAGGGGGACUACUCCUCCACCUCCUUCCUGGGAGCCAAAUUCUCAAACAAAGCGGUACUCUGGAAACAUGGAAUAUGUGAUCUCCCGUAUUUCUCCAGUGCCACCAGGGGCAUGGCAAGAUGGUUAUCCACCUCCACCUAUGAAUCCUCCUCCUAUGAAUUCAUCUGCACAGGGCCAGAGAGGCAUGAGCGCUGUCCCCAUUGGCAGGCAACCAAUAAUCAUGCAGAGUUCUGCCAACAGCAAAUUUAGUUUUCCCUCAGGAAGAGCUGGAAUGCAAAAUGGCAAUUGUCAGGCAGAAUUCAUAGUUCACCAGAAUGUGGUGUCUGGAAGUUCGGUGAGUCGCCAGCCACCCCCGUACCCAAUGAAUCCAACUAACAGGCAGAGUCCCACAGCACUACAGAUGCAGGCAGGAGGAUCUGCUCCUCCUUCAGCAUACACCAAUGGGAAUAUUCCUCAGGCAAUAAUGGUGCCAAACAGAAACAGUCACAACCUGGAACUUUACAACACAAAUGUGGCUGGAAUACCUGCAUCCUGGUCACAGCCUUCCCCCAUGCAGCCGCAGUCGUCGCCGGGCAAUGGGCACGACAUGCCUGCGUGGCAGCCCAGUAUACCCGUGCGCUCAAACUCCUUCAACAACCAUCACGGCAGCAGGCAGAGCCACUCUGGCAGCUCCCAGCCUUCAGCCACCACAGUGACAGCCAUAACGCCAGCUCCCAUUCAGCAACCAGUGAAAAGCAUGCGAGUGUUGAAACCAGAGCUACAGACUGCCUUGGCACCCACUCACCCUUCCUGGAUGCCGCAGCCCGUGCAAACUGUUCCGACCAUUCCCUUCUCUGACAGUCCCUCUACCAAUAUGGCAGUUAUGUCUCCUGUUGCGGAGGCUCCAAAUUACCAGGGUCCCCCACCACCUUACCCUAAACACUUGUUACAUCAGAAUCCUUCCAUCAAUCUGUAUGAGGCAGGACCCAAGCUCAACAAGGAGGAGCCACCUCCUUUAUCCAGGGAGGAUGAGAAUGAAAAGAAUUACGAAUGUGUUGAUUCAACAGAUAAAGAAAAGAAACAAAUUACAACCUCACCUGUUCCUGUUAGAAAAAACAAGAAAGAUGAAGAAAGAAGAGAGUCUCGCAUUCAAAGUUAUUCCCCUCAAGCCUUUAAAUUCUUCAUGGAGCAGCAUGUGGAGAAUAUACUCAAGUCACACCAGCAGCGUUUGCACCGGAAAAAACAGCUAGAGAAUGAAAUGAUGCGGGUUGGAUUGUCACCAGAAGCCCGGGAUCAAAUGAGGAAAAUGUUGUGCCAGAAAGAGUCAAAUUACAUUCGGCUAAGAAGAGCUAAAAUGGACAAGUCAAUGUUUGUAAAAAUUAAAACCCUGGGAGUUGGUGCCUUUGGAGAAGUUUGCCUAGCAAGAAAGGUGGAUACUAAUGCUCUAUAUGCAACAAAGACUCUGAGGAAAAAAGAUGUCUUGCUUAGAAAUCAAGUUGCUCAUGUUAAAGCUGAGCGGGAUAUCCUUGCAGAGGCUGAUAACGAGUGGGUAGUUCGCCUGUACUAUUCAUUCCAAGAUAAGGACAAUUUGUACUUUGUAAUGGACUACAUUCCAGGAGGUGAUAUGAUGAGUCUCCUAAUUAGAAUGGGUGUCUUCCCAGAAAAUCUGGCACGGUUCUACACAGCAGAACUGACGUGUGCAGUUGAGAGUGUUCAUAAAAUGGGCUUCAUCCACAGAGAUAUUAAACCUGACAAUAUCUUGAUAGACCGUGAUGGUCAUAUCAAACUGACUGACUUCGGGCUCUGUACUGGUUUUCGAUGGACCCAUGACUCAAAAUACUACCAGAGCGGUGAUCACGCCCGUCAGGACAGUAUGGAUUUCAGCAGUGAGUGGGGUGACCCGGCGAACUGCAGGUGUGGGGAUCGGCUGAAGCCGCUGGAGCGCAGGGCUGCACGGCAGCACCAGCGCUGCCUGGCCCAUUCCCUGGUGGGCACACCCAACUACAUUGCACCAGAAGUGUUGUUACGGACAGGUUACACACAGUUGUGUGACUGGUGGAGUGUUGGAGUAAUUCUCUUUGAGAUGCUCGUGGGGCAGCCUCCAUUCCUGGCACAAACACCACUGGAAACACAAAUGAAGGUUAUCAACUGGCAAACUGCACUUCAUAUUCCACCUCAGGCUAAAUUGACUCCAGAGGCCUCCGAUCUUAUUAUUAAACUCUGCCGAGGGCCUGAAGAUCGUUUAGGCAAAAAUGGUGCAGAUGAAAUAAAAGCACAUCCAUUUUUCAAAACAAUUGAUUUUUCAAGCGAUCUACGGCGACAGUCUGCUUUCUACAUUCCCAAAAUUGCUCAUCCUACGGACACGUCAAACUUUGAUCCAGUUGAUCCAGAUAAAUUGUGGAGUGAUGAUGAUAAGGAGGGGAACAGAAAUGAUACCCUUAAUGGGUGGUACAAAAAUGGAAAACAUCCUGAACACGCUUUUUAUGAGUUCACCUUCCGAAGGUUUUUUGAUGACAAUGGCUACCCAUACAACAAUCCAAAGCCCAUUGAGUAUGAGUAUGGUAGUUCCCAAAACUCAGAACAGCAGUCAGAUGAUGAUGAUGAUGAUGAACAGGCAAGUAGAGGAGUUCAGAGUCGUGAUCUGGUUUAUGUUUAGUAGAGCAGUAAAGGUCAAAAAUGAAAUAAUCAAUUCUGUAGCUUUAGAUUUUGAAAAGUCUCUUCCUUUAAGAGAAUUGAAAGAAGAUUGCUAGUGUAAAUAUAUGCACACUUCUUUUUAAAUGCUAAAAAAAUUAUUUCUUGACUUUCCCUCUCUGUACAUUUUGUUUCCCUAGAAUACAGGGAAAUGCUUGUCGAGAAUUAAUUUAUUCCAGUGAUGUUAAUUGUUUAAUUUAGAAGAGAUUUGAUGUUAGGUUAAAAAAAAAAAUCACUUGAAUAUUGUUCUUGGUCCUCUGUACUCUAAGUACUCAAAAUAGGAAAUAGUGAUUUUUUUUCCCUAAGAUGCCUGGUAUCUAUUUAUACAUAUAGUGAAUAAUUUUAGAGAACAAAUCUCUUACUCGGAAUUUUUAAUCACAGUUUUUCCAUGCAUUGACCAAAUACAAAACCUACUUUACGCUAAUAAAGUUCUCUGAUACAUUUCUGAAGAGAAAAAAAAGGCUGCUGUACCCUCACUUCUCAGUGUAUUUAGCCUUAUUAUUCACAGUGUUGGAAAAACAGCCACCUAUCUGGUGAAAUGUUUCCAGCUGCUGUGGGGAGUGCCCUAGUUCUCAGCUUUGAAACAAGAAAGUGUCAGUCUUGGCUAUAGUAUGAUUGUAAGAUGAUAAAGCAUUAGAACUAGUAUUUUAUUAAAUUGUAAUUGGAUUUGAUAUUAGUAACACUGUGGCAUGUGACUGGUACUCUCAAAGCAGGACUGCUCACUCAGAACAAUUGAUUGUCUCUUAUCAUCAGUUCUCCUAUAGAUGUAAGAGGAAAAGAAGCCUUAGAAACAACACUUUCUGAAAUCUAGUUAAAUUUUCUGACUACAACCAAACUGUAAAGUGUGUACAGUGCUGCUUUAGUUGGAAUUUUUUGUUUGAAAAAUAAAUUUUAGAGUAGUAUCUUUAUGAUAAAUUUGAGAUAGUAAUGGGGAAAGAUUAUAAAUUAUGAUUUUUGAGACUUGUUGUGGAGACCCAUUUGCCUUGGCUGGAACAGUUUGCUCCUGGUUACACAGGCACUGAGGCUGUGCACAGGUCUGUCUGAGCUGGCAGUACAGUUUCAAUGCUUUGUCUUUCACAGCCUGGUUCAGAACAGAAUUAGGAACUUACUGCUGUGCCUGCUGCCUUCUGCAUUACUGUUUCCAUAAUUCCCAGCAGUAGAUGCUCAGGCGUCUCCUAGGGUCUCAUAGUGGGAGGGCACUGAGCCUGUUGAGGUUAUGUGGAGCAGGGAUGGGACCAUCACUCUAAGCAGCUUCACUGAGACCAGACCAGAAGUUAAGUGUUGAAAGGCAGAAAGAAUUACGGUUUUUGCCACUAUCCUUCUCUUUCUUAAAAUAAACACAGUGGUGAAAAAGAUGCACUAUUUUUAGUAAACUUAAUGUCUUUUGAAACAUUUCUUCUUCCUUGGAAUUGAAUUUCAAUGGAUAAUCUAAUAACAUGUAUGUAAGCAUUACUGCUUUCCUAAAUUAUUAUUUUUGCCAUUGCACUGGCAUUGCAGCUCUCUAAACAUCAUGAAAUUUGUGUUCAUAGCUGUUCUUGCAGCCAACAUCAGUUACCAGUUUACUUUUCUCACCAAGCUGGUUUGUUUGCUUAUGGCCAUUUGUUCCCUUUCUGUGCUCCAGGCCAGUGUCUCUGUUUGUGCCAGUGCAGCUGUCUCUAGUACUGUCCUAAGUACUGGAUCACUGAAGGAAGUGCUUGUUGGUUAGCAUUUGGAGUUUCCUUUCUUGUGAGUGUGGUCAUUUGAGCGAUCCAGUUUCUAGUGUGGUCCAAAAAUGAUUUAUUACAUUGACAUAACUGAGGGAGCUGCAGCAGGUUGGCAGUGAGGAAGCUUCUUAAACGUACUUUGUCACAGAAGAAAAUGUUUGUGGAAGUUCACCCCUCUGCUGUGAAGUGUUUAUAAUGGUUAGAAGAUGGUUAUGAGAAGUUGUUUUCUCAAACAAAGUAGUUAGUUAGUUGCUUACAAUAAUGAAAAUGAGUUUGCAGCUUAAUAAAACAAUUCCUGUUCUGCCUUUCCCACAGCUGUUGAAAUAGUGUAGCUUUUAAGAUUAAUUUCAUUUAGCUUAAUUAUUAUAAAAUGGCUGCAGUGCAUAACUACUCCAUUUUAUAUAUUAUGUAAAAAAGAUUGCUUUUCAUGUAAAUAAACUUUAAAGAUUAUCCUCCUUCAUAGUAAGUAUCCCAGUAAAACUGGUCUACUUGUCUUGGAGCAAAGUAUAAUAUAUUGCUGGUUAAAGGUAAUUUAAUCAAGCCUCCCUCACCUUUUUGGAAGUGUGCAGAGAAAAUAAUGUUAAUUCAUUAAAUUGACUCUUAAAAUUGCCUUUUCAUCUGAGUAUAUCUCUCCUCUGCCUGCACUAUACUAUGGUGUAUUCCUGUUUAAUACUAUUACUUAUCGUAGGCAAUUUAAAAAUAAUUUUAAAAAAGAAUAAAUAAGUGUCCUGUAAAGGCACCAUUGGUCAAAAAAGAAAUACCAAUUUCUUUUAUUAAAGGAAAUAAUUUAUUCUUUUAAGGACACGUGUAAGUACUGAAAUACUAAAUACUCUUUUGCCUUUUUUAAACAAAUACAGGAAGUGCUCACAACUUGAGAAUUUGGUAGAUGCUUCUGGCAUUCUCUAAUGUAAUGUGUUAGAAGUUGCAAUGUUCCUUGUUUGAAUUUCGCCACCUAUAUGCUGCAGUAUUAUGUAUUUCCUUGCAAAAAGUGCAGUUCAUUACAGUCCAGGUUCUCCUCUGAGAAGGUUAGUUACACAUGAAUGUUGUCACGACUUUCCAGCAUACUCUGCCUUACCCAUGUUUCGAAACUUGACGUUUCAUGCAUAGAUUCAGAGUCUGUUGAGAUUCUUCAUAGUUGCUGCUUAAAACAUGGGUGUUUCACUGGUGACCUACAAUGGGGAUUGGUUUGUACAGGCAGUGGAGAAGAGAGGCUCCUAGCCAGCAGCUGUGGAAUUCUGCGGUAAGUUUUAGUUCAGGCUACCUUUACUUUAUGAAGCAUAAAAACAAGUUUCUCUUUUAUGUGCCCUUGUAUACAUAUUAAUUGUAUUUAUAAAAUGUUCUAUAAUCCUAUAACUUGUACUGUAAAUACUAUUUGAUAUUCAGUGGCAUUCUGUCCUUGGGCAGGCCCUCUUGCUGUAUCUUUUCUAUCAUCAAUUUGUAAUAGAAUCUAUAGAAUUUAUGGCUAGAAAGUCUCUUUGAGACUGAUGUAUCUUCCGCUGUUGCAAAAACUGUGAGUGGGAAUGAUUUAUUUAGACUCCUUUUAAUAUUAUUCAGCUGAUAGGCAGUGCAGUGGGUGGGUUCUUCGAUUAUGCUGCUGUCACUGAAGAUACUGUUAGGCUUUUGUUUCAGAUCAGACCUUUAAAUAUGUUUGCUUUAUUUCAGCCAAAGCAAAAAAGAUAAUGAAUUGGGUCAAUGUCAUAGUAAAAUGUUUUGGAUGCCUUAAGAUGGUCAUGAUAAAGGCACUAUUCAAGUUUACUGAUUUAUAUAUAUCUAUAUAGAUAUAUAUAGACAUACUCUGUGUGUAUAUGUAUAUAUAAUGUCCUUUUUGUAUUAUAAGACUGUCAGUUCUUUUGGAUUCUCCUAUUAAAUACAUAGACCAUCCCA